AGGAAGUUCAUCUUGUACAACAGUAAAAAUGGCGAACCCAUUUUUAAUGACCGACGACGAUGUAGUGGAUAUGACAGAAAAUACCAAUGAAAUUGCAUUCAAUCCGUUCCUUGCGCAGGCAGGUGAAGGCGAAGCAGAUUUUGCAGACAAUCCGUUUCUUGCUGGGGCAACAAAUCCUUUUGCUGGGUUCGGUGAAGAUGAAUCUGCACCUCAGGCUACCGCGCUUCCGGAGAUAUCGGCACCGCAGUCCUCUGAUGUAGCAAUGAGCUUCUUUGGAACGACUAUUCAGGAAACGGAGGAUGACCUGUCUAUAUCCGAUCAGAAGCUACCAAACCCACUCACAAAUUUAGAGGACGGUGUGUCUGGAUAUUCAAGUGAAGAUGAGUUGGUUAAAAAGAAAGCACCACCGAGGCCGCUGCCGCCAUCUCAGACAACCCAGGAUCUUAUUUUUGCAGUUGCAGAUCAGCUGGAUCAAGCCAGUUCACAGAUGUUAGGAAGGCUGCCAAAAACACGUUCACCGAGUCCGGUUUCAAUGAGAGACUUGCAUUCGCCUAGCCCCACUCCGGAUGCAGCUAUGGCAGACUUCUUGGAUUGCUCAGAUGAUAUUGUUCAUCAAGAUACCACUCCAUCUGCAUUCGAACAGGAUUUAAUGGCCAGUUCCAGUGAUAAUCCUUUCGCGAUGCCUUCAGUUCCUGCGGUGCAAUCAAAUCAGGCUGCCGUUAAGCAUCCUCCUCGUCCACCGCCACCUAGGCCUGUACCACCACGUCCUCAGCCACCAGCUCCAGUAUCACAGGCUAUUCCACCAGCUGUAAUUCCAUCGGCCAACCCUGUUCAGCAAGCCCCGCCAUCUCAACCUCAAAACCAAGAACCGGAUCUGUUCGACAUGUUCGACGCUGCUCCUGCCGCUCCUCCCAAACCCCCAGCACCAAAAACUAAAGAGGACAUUUUAAGUUUGUUCAACGCUCCCAAGCCGCAAGCUCAACAACAACAAGCACAACCAGAUCUUUUGAGCGAUGACAUUCUUGGAGAUAUUUCAUCGAAUGAUUUUGCCUUACCUCCACCCCUAGGUGAUCCUAUAAUACCACCAGGCACAACAGCAGCAACGGUUCCAGUGGCAAUGACAACAGAUACAUUCACCGGAAUAACUUCAAAUGCACCAUUCCCCACAAGUAGUGAAACAUUCCCGGUUUCUACAGACAGUUUCCCAUCCUCAGAGCCUCAGCCUACAAUAACAGAACCACCUGAAGAAGUUGGCAAAGAAAUUAUUUCUGAUGCAAUUACCGACAAUGUAGUGGUGGAAGAGCUUCCUGAGGAACCGGAAAAAAUCGAGGAACCUCAGAAAGUAAUAAUGGACAGUAUUACUCCUGACGCUGGUUGUAGGAGAGCUCCGACUCCAGACAUCGAGAUUACAACCGUGGAAAGCUUACCACGCUCUGAUGAUGAAGAAGAACAGCCGGACUUGGAAAAGGAUAACGAAAGCGGUGUUGAGAUGGAUGAUCCCAAAAGCAUAAUAGCUGAGGAAUCCGACCAAAGCCACGCGUCUGAAUCAAAUGUUACUACACAAGCUCAACAGGGGUCGCCUCCAUUGGAUGCUAGUGUAGCAGAAGUAAUCAACGAUCAGGAGCAAAUGGAUACCGGCUUGGAUUUCGCACCUUCGGUUGUAAGUGGAAGUGCAUCUGCUAAUCCGUUUGCUAGCCCAGAGACAGAAGACGUUUAUCCGACAAUACCAUCACAUCAAGUGACGAAUAUAUUCGCCGUCGAAGAACCAAUACCGCAACCGUCAGCAUUUGUAGAGCCUUUUGCAGCGGCCCCUGCUAUAGUGCCACAUCCUGCAACACCCAUGCCAAAUAUUUUUGCAGUAGAUGAUACGAUACCCAAUGAAGCGGUCCAGUCUGAUGACUUUGAUGCAUUUUCUGCCAAAUUUGAUUCUGCCAGAAAGGAGCCAAGUUUGUUGGAUGGGUUUGGCGGAACGACACCAGUUGCAGUGGUUGAUGAUGCUUGGGGCGGAUCUGAUGCAUUUGGUUCAUUGAUUACGACUACUGGCGGGGAUGGUUUUGAAGUAGAAGAUGAGUUCGACUCAUUCUUGGCCAUGAAGGCUCCUGAACAUGCCGAUUUGAGCAGAAAAGAUUCGGAAUCGCCUACUGAAGACAAGGAGUUCAAUGUAGUCAUACGGCCGAAAGCCGAGGCCACUCAAGGCCAGGGACAGAUUUUGGUUCCACCCCCUCCGCCGCGAAGUUCUCAAAACAAUUCCAUAUACUCAGGCGAUUCAUCACCAAGAUUUAAUCCCUUCGAUAAAGGUGACGAAGUAGCAAGUGCAGAUGGUAUUCCGGCAAUUCCAGAACCAGCCGCAAUGACACGAACUGACUCCCAAGAAUCUCCGGGAACGCCUCUUUUCGAUGAAGACGUUUCUCAGCCAUUAGAAGAUUUCCCAAGGAUUACGUACACAGGCACUGGAUGGGAAAUGCAGCUUCGGCAGCCCAAUAAGAAAAAGAUCACAGGUCAACGAUUUUGGAAGAAGAUAUUUGUGAAACUGGUUUAUCAAGGCGAUAAUCCCGUUGUGCAACUGUAUAAUCAAGCCACAGACAAGGAGCCUUUCCAGGAGCUACCACUGCAACCCUGCUACUCAGUUUCAGAGAUCGGAGCACAGCAAUACGAUCAGUUUGGAAAGAUAUUCACUAUCAAACUGCAAUAUAUAUUCUACAAGGAGCGUCCUGGUGUCCGACCAGGACAGGUUACUAAGGCGGAGCGAUUGACGAACAAACUGAGCCAGUUCGCAGCCUAUGCAAUACAGGGCGAUUAUCAGGGAGUAAAGGAAUUCGGAAGCGACUUGAAGAAAUUGGGAUUGCCAGUGGAACACGCACCUCAAGUUUCACAACUAUUCAAGAUAGGAUCAAUGAGCUACGAGGAUAUGAAGCAAUUCUCAGUCUGCGUUGAGGAGGCACUAUUCAAACUGUCGGCCCACAGGGACAGAGCACUCAAUUAUAAGUCUGAAGAGGUUCAAGUGACGGCAGUUGAUGAACUUUACGUCGAACAGGAUGCAGAAGGACAUGUUCAUAAGCAGAUAGCGAGAGUUCGGCUAUUUUUCUUAGGAUUUCUUUCAGGUAUGCCUUGGAUUGAGUUAGGAGUAAAUGAUUUAUGGCGCCAGGGAAAAGAGGUUGUAGGACGGCAUGAUAUUAUCCCAGUCGUGACGGAGGAAUGGAUCCGAUUAGAAGGGGUCGAGUUCCACAACACUGUUCAGUUAGAUGAGUACGAAAAGUGCAGGAUAAUAAAAUUCCAACCGCCAGAUGCAUGCUACAUUGAACUGAUGAGGUUCAGAGUGAGACCACCCAAGAAUCGUGAGCUUCCCCUCCAGGUUAAGGCAUCGUGGUGUGUGAAUGGGAAUCGCGUGGAGCUACGGGCAGAUGUUUUAGUUCCAGGAUUUGCAUCACGAAAACUUGGACAAAUUCCAUGCGAGGAUGUUUCCAUCCGUUUUCCUAUUCCAGAGUGUUGGAUUUAUUUGUUCCGAGUGGAAAAACAUUUCAGAUAUGGUUCCGUAAAGUCAGCUCACCGGCGAACUGGUAAAAUCAAGGGAAUUGAACGAAUAUUAGGUGCUGUAGAUACUUUGCAGGAGUCCUUAAUAGAAGUUACAUCUGGCCAAGCGAAAUACGAGCAUCACCAUAGGUCAAUAGUGUGGCGAUGUCCACGAUUGCCCAAAGAAGGACAAGGUGCUUACACAACCCAUCAAAUGGUGUGUAGGAUGGCUUUGACAUCCUACGAUCAAAUACCUGAGCAAUUGGCGCCUUAUUGUUAUGUGGAGUUCACCAUGCCAGCCACCCAAGUGUCGCAUACAACCGUUCGUUCGGUAAGCGUUCAAGAGUCAGAUAGUGAUGAGCCGCCUGAGAAAUACGUACGAUAUCUGGCCAGGCAUGAAUAUAGGGUUGGAAUUGAAUACACAACUGCUGAGACGCAAAAUGCUUAUUUGUCCGCCACUCGUCCUAUUAAGGAAGAACCACCUCAGCAGCAGCCACAACAGAUGGCAACAUCUCCAAUGGCGCCAAGUGAUUCCGAUUCAGAAUCAAAUUAAAACUAAAUGCUCCAACUAUUUACUGCUGAUAGAACUAACUGUAGCCAAAUCUAUUUAUCUUAAGCUUAAAUGAAUAUGUUCUACUGCUCGUCCUCCAUGUUCCAACCAUAGAAGUGUGACCACAGUAACGCAAGCAAUAUCACAAAAAAAGAUACUUACAACUUUUGCACGAGUGGAUGAUAUAUUUACAAGUCUUAGAUGAAUACACGAAACUACAUACAUUUGACUGUGUAAUAAUCAAGCCAUAUGCAGGUACAUAUACUCAGAUAAAAGCAAGAAAACCGAUACUGAUUAGAAAAUACACAAGAAUAACUAAAUUCACCGUGUGUCACCAUACGACCUAGAAUCUAAGCCCACCUCAUGCAAAUCUCAUGUAAAAACUACAUCAAAUCAGUCAUUUAUUUUGUUCGUACUGCAAGUGUUAAAGGAAUCUCUUAGUUGACAAUAAUGAGCAGAAAGUAUUGAAGUAAUUUAAAAAUGAUUAAAUGAUAGAAAGCACUGUACAUUCAUCAAGUAAAGGACAAUUUGCAAUCACCACUUCGAAUAAACGGAAAAAUAUAGAGAAAUAAACGUAAUAAAGAUAAAUUAAUAUAAAUUGUUGUUGGAUACAUUACGAACUGUUUAUUCGCAAUAUUACAUAAAGCAUUAAAAUUUAAAUUUAAGGCAAUAUAGUUGUUUCAGAUUAUUAUCACUUUAGUUUAAAGAUAGGAGGGGCGUCGAGUAUAAUAUUUACAAAAAAAAACCAUAAAUUAAUUUAUCAUAAAACUUCCGAUGUGAUUUAUUAUCUUCGAAAUGGACGAUCCAGAAUGGCGAAGAAAUUUCAGUGAAAUUAGGUUAGAAAUAUCAUAAACAAUAAUAUUCUUAAAUAUCAACUUAGUAAAUCUAAAUGUAUCUUGUUCACGGUAUUCAUAUUUCUAUAAAUAGAUACAUAUAUCAGCAACUGCGACUGAAGCUUGAAACAAUCUUUCGAUGUUAAGCCCUUUCACAAUGGUUUCCUUGUGCUUUCGUUUCUGCAGAUGAAUUGCGCUUCUAAGCAUUCAUUUUCCGAAUUAUUGUUUCGCCGAAGUGGCUUGAAAUAUGAAAAUUGAGUGAAAGUGGUAAAAGGGUUAUGAAUUUCCUUGGAAAAUUUAGAUACAUUCAGUCAACCAAUUAAAAAGUUGGACAGUUGCGGCAAUACAAUUUGAAGUCAGAUAUCUAGAAAGCGCGAUAAUAUUUUUUAAUAAAUUCUUGAAAGAAACGAACAAUUUAUAUGUUAAAAGAGGGACGAAGACGGCCAUGGUUUCUUACCAGGGCAGAGACAACUCCUUAGACGCUGCUUCACCUCUGCCCUGGGAACAACGUGAUCGAAGCGGCUCGCAGAUGUUAUACGCUCCAUUUUAUAAUUCGCUAAAGACGACAGGAGUUCGAAUUAUAAUCAACCUACAGUUCAGACCAAAGUUUGACCGGAGCUAGACAACCUUUUUAGGUAUUGGGGAGUUCUAAGCCCGCAUCAAUUGAUGCCGCACCGGACCAAAUGGAGAGCAACUUGCUCCCACUCUUGAUGAUCUUGGGUUUGAGAAUUAUAAAAAGGAACGUAUAACAUCUGCGAGCCGCUUCAGUAAAGCUGCUCUCAGGGCAGAGGUGAAGCAGCAUCUGAAGGGUUUCCUCUGCCCUGAUAAGAAAUCCUAGCCGUCUUCGUCCCUCUUCAUUU